AUGCGAUCCAGAGUUAAAUUUUGCCUAUCAUUGUUUGUUAUUUUGAUGUUUUUGUUUGUUGUCUAUUGUCAAGUAGACGAAAGUCCAACACCAGAGUUUUCAUUAGAAACACCAACACCUGAAGAAUCCUCAGCUCCUGAGCAACCUACUCCAGAACAAUCAGUUAGUCAACCAACACCUGAAGAGUCAAGUCCAAAUGAGCAGCCUACACCUGAAGUAUCAGAUACACCAAUUCCAGAAGAAUCUACUAGUCAACCAACACCUGAAACCUCAAGUGAACAACCUGAGCCUGAAGCUUCUACUGAGCAACCAACACCUGAAUCAUCAACAGAAACUCCAAUUCCAGAAGAAUCUUCAAGUCAACCAACACCUGAAACUUCAAGUGAGCAACCAACACCAGAAGAAUCAACUAGUCAACCAACACCAGAAGUAUCUGAAACUCCAUUUCCAGAAGAAUCUACUAGUCAACCUACUCCUGAGACAUCUAGUGAACAGCCAACACCUGAAUCAUCAACUGAACAACCAACACCAGAAACAUCUGAUGUGCCAACACCUGAAACAUCAAGUGAACAACCUGUUCCAGAAGAAUCUACUAGUCAACCAACACCUGAAACUUCAAGUGAACAACCAACACCAGAAGUGUCAGAUCCACCAGUUCCAGAAGAUUCUAAUAGUCAACCAACACCUGAAACAUCUGUAGAUCAACCAACUCCAGAAGUAUCUGAAACUCCAAUUCCAGAGGAAUCAAUUUCACCUGAAACAUCUGAAACUCCACAACCAGAAAGCUCAACUGAAACACCAACACCUGAAGAAUCAAUUGCUCCUGAACCUUCUGAACCAACAACUCCAGAAACAUCAAGUGAACAACCAACUCCAGAGGAAUCUUCCACCACUCAACCAGAAACAUCUUCAACAACUAGUCCAGAAACUUCUCAAGAAACCACUCAACCAGAAUCAUCCACUGCAUCAGAAAAUCCAACCACUCCAGAAUCAUCAAGUCAAUCCACUGAUUCCACUGACUCAACUGAUGAUACAAGCUCACAAACAGAAGAUUUUGAAAAUACCCUCUUCUCAGCAGAAGAAGAUGAAGACGAUUCAAUUAUCGGAGCUCAAGUAUUAAGCAAUGCACCAAGUUUCAAGAUUAGAGUUAAGAAUCAAGCAAGAUGUAAACGUUCCUUGCAGGGAUGUGUUGCCUUGAUGAAGAAUUGUAAGCAAGAACCUAAAUUCUUCUUGGAUGGAAAUGGAUGUAUUCUAUGUGAAUGUCAUUGA